GACUACAAUCCGCGCGCUUCGAGCUCGGCAAAGUUCGUGAAUGUUCGUAGGUUCGAUGGCUCGAUACACAAAAGGGGAGGGAGGGGAGGGGAGCCUGGAUGAAGCUCCAUCAGAGGUGUUGCAACAGUCCCAACCGACGGAGCAGUCGGGUUGGGUGGUUAGUACGGUGUGGAGUGCGUGUAACGAAAGUAGAUAGAGCACGGAACGCAAAAACGUGAUUACCGGUUGUCAUGACGUUUGCGUGAGCUUUAUGUAUUGCGAUUCGCCGCCUAAAAAACAUGUUGAGUGAUAUCUGGUGCUUGAAUUCGCGAUGUACCGUCGGUGCUGUGACGGUGCAGUGCAAAUUAGUGCUAGUUUUGGUGCUACUCGCGAUCCUACCUGAUGUACACACCGAGAAUCAUGGACCGUCCCCAGAUUUCAGCAGGCACACGUUGGUCAGACCGCGGGUCUAUCACGGCAGGACUAGGCGGCAGAUCUCCUCGACUAAGGAGAACGAUGUGGAACACGCGGACGUGUUAGUGAUAGGCUUCGAGCUUGAUGGAGUGAAACGCACCUUGGACUUGAGAUUAAAUUCUGAUCUGAUUCCUGUUGGUUACUAUCAACAACGUCAUCAGCAUCAAGGCACGUACAAAGUGCACACUCCGUCGAAAGUCGAGCUCUGCCACUAUCAAGGUAGCGUUCGCGACCUUCCCGGUUCCUGGGUAGCCCUAUCUACUUGCAGAGGGCUGCGCGGCGUUGUCUUCGACGGCGAGAACCUUCAUCACAUUCAACCGGAGCGAGAGGAAUCUUUGGACUCGCGUCAUUACGUCUACAAGCACAGCGAUCUCGUCGCCAAUCACACUUGCGGUUACGAAGGAACGCCUCACCAUGCUCUCGACCGUGAACAACAGGGAGGGAUCGUCAGCAGAAUCGCAAGGCACAAGAGAGCGGCAGAGGCGAUUCGAGGGCCCUACAACGCGAACAGGCAUUCACGAUACGUAGAAUUGGUGCUCGUGAUUGAUAAGAAGGAAUACAUCGCUCUCGACGAGAAUUUGGACAAGGUUCAUCAACACUGCAAAGAUAUCGCUAACAUUAUCAACGCUUUGUACAUGCCCCUGAAUAUAUUCAUCGCGCUGGUCGGGGUGCAAGUUUGGUCGGACGCGGACGAGAUAGCCUUGUCCCCGAACGGGGACACCACCCUGUCGAAUUUCCUUCGAUACAGGAGGGAGAAACUGGUUCAAGACAUGCCGAACGAUAACGCCCAGCUGUUGACGCGAAUCACUUUCGAGGGUGGCGUGGUGGGGAAGGCGCUCAAGGGACCGAUAUGCACGUACGAGUUCUCGGGCGGCGUCUCGAUGGAUCACUCGAACGUGGUUGGAUUAGUGGCCGCGACUGUCGCCCACGAGAUGGGCCACAAUUUCGGGAUGGAACACGACUCGGCCGAUUGCGACUGUCCCGAGGAGAAAUGCAUCAUGGCAUCGUCGAGCGGGUCGUCGGGGCCGACGCACUGGUCGACCUGCUCUCUCGAGCACCUGGCGCUCGCGUUCGAGCACGGGAUGGAUUAUUGCCUGAGGAACAAGCCGCAGAAACUGUUCGACAGCCCGAUCUGCGGGAACGGGUUCGUGGAGCCCGGGGAGCAGUGCGACUGCGGGCUCAGGGAGAACUGCGACAACCCGUGCUGCAACGUGACCACGUGCAUGCUGCACGGGAACGCGAGCUGCGCGACUGGCGAGUGCUGCGACCUGAAAACGUGUCGGCCUAAAACGGCCGGGACCGAGUGCAGGAGCGCCGAGCACGAGUGCGAUCUGCCCGAGUACUGCACCGGGCAGAGCGAGUAUUGCCCCGUGGACGUGUUCAAGAUGGACGGGGAGUCGUGCAGCAUGGGGAAGGCGUUUUGCUACCAGGGCUCGUGCAGGACCCACAACGAUCAGUGCAAGCUGCUCUGGGGCCCGACAGGCACCUCGUCCGACGCCCAAUGCUACGAGAUGAACACGAAAGGGACGAAGCACGGGAAUUGCGGCUACAACCGGGUCGAGUCGAGCUACGUCAAGUGCACCGGAGAAAAUCUUUUGUGCGGUAUGCUUCACUGCAAGCACUUGAACGAAAGAUUGGAGUUCGGUAUGGAGUCGGUGGCGAUUCUCAGCCACUCGUUCAUCAACAACGGGGGGAAGAUUAUACCGUGCCGGUCCGCCAUCGUGGAUCUCGGCUUGAAUCAGGUCGAUCCUGGCCUCGCGCCUGACGGCGCCAAGUGCGCACCCGGGAAGAUGUGCGUGAAUCAGAAGUGUAUGCCGGUGGCCGAUCUGCGCGCUUCCGUGUCCGGAGGGAAAGCCUGUCCGAAUAAUUGCGGGGGCAACGGAGUGUGCAAUAGCCUCGGCCAUUGUCACUGCAAUCGCGGCUUCCGGCCACCCGAUUGCACCCAGCCUGGCGUGGGCGGAUCCGAGGACAGUGGCCCCGCCGAGGAUCCGAACGCGAGGAACGAUUUCAUAAUGGCGUUGUACAUUAUCUUUUUGGGGAUCGUGCCCACGAUCGCUCUGUCCUUGUUCGGGAUCUGGUACGUGAGAAAUUCGGGGCAGAACUGGAAGAAGAGCAUGAUGUCAUCAACGACCGAUCGUGGCCACAACGGACUGUCCAUCAAAACGAUCGAUCGUUCCAGUCCCUUGCCUCGUAGCAUCGAAACGAUCGAUUCUAGUCUGAGUCAGGAUCCAGCGUGCGCGAGUUUGUUGCCGAAACCGGAUACCGACGAGCGUUACAACAAUAAUUUGUUCGGCCAGUUCAAAGGUUUCACGAUCACCCCGAUCAGGAGCCAAGCGAAGAGCCUCGAGCCGACCAAGCCUGCGCCACCUCCGCCCACCAUCCCGACCGUAGCCAUUAAGACUAACAUCAAGCCGAUCCCGAGGAGCAAUAAUCGCGCGUCCACCUGCAUCCUCGAUCCACCCACGACCAGCUUCGACGAAGCGCCGCCGCCGCCCACCCUCCCACCCUUGAAUCCAGGAUGCACGGCACGGCCGUUGAUCAGCAGCCCGGUGCUGGCCGCGACCACGUGCACCUCCGUCGAGCUGGUCGCCCCCAAACUCCCAGCUGUGGAAGGGCCGACCAGGCCCGCUCCAGCUCCGCCUGUCCUCUCCACCUCGGACUCCGUUCAAAAGCCUCAGAGGCCGAGCAGCACGCCCCUCGCCAACGUGCUGGAGGGCGAGAGGAGGCAGGAGAAGGGGAGCAGCACCCUGAACAGGAUCGCGUCCAUCCUUCGCCCCAACUCGGGGAUCGUGAGAGGAGGAGGCGGGUUGCAAACGGAGAGGAGCGCGACCAACUCUCUGCCCAGGUUGCACCACCACAAGGCGAGCAAAGUGAUGGACAAGGAGAUACUGAGAAGCUUGGAGAUCUCGAAUCCCAUACCGCAGAAGGAGAUCGAGAUCCCGACCCCCUCGAUACCCGUGAUCCCGGUCGACGAGCAGAGGAGGGGCAGCAGCGGCGGCAGCAACGUGGUGGUGUUGCGCGCCCAGUCGAUGAGGGACGGGAAGAUCGCGCGGCCCGCCAUCCAAACGUUCGGCUCGAUGCGGCAGGCGGCCGUGAAACGGCCGACCAGUAUACCGGCCAGCGCCAGGCCCACCGCGCCACCCCCUGGCCCCCCCGUCCUCCCCUCGGCCGAGAAGGCGACGAGCGAGGCGAAGAUCCCCGGAUUGCCAGGCUACCAGAAUCCUCGGGCGCAGAGAGGUGGGCAGCAGAGAGCGGCGACCGACAACGCGUACGACGAUUGCAUGAAUCUCGUCCCCGACGCGUCCUCCUCCUCGUCCUCGUCGUUGGCCAAGAUAGCCGAGGAAUCGGCCGCGCCAGGCGACAAUAUUUACGCCGUGAUAGAGGAGGCCCUCCCCGAGAAGGGGAGGAAGGGGGAGAAGCAAGGGGAGAACGAGUACAAAUUGCCUAAGCGGGUGGAGAAUUCGUCGUCGAACGUUGGAGUGGAAUCGAUGGGUUUGCUGUCGGAGAUCGUUUCCGAGAUAUCGAAUCGGAACUUCGACUCGAUAUACUCGACCGCCACUUUGUCGAGGAAAACAGGGGAGGAGGGGGGGGAGGAGGGUCGAGGGGGAGGAGGGGGGAGGAGGAGGGGGGGAGGAUACAACAACAGCGGCCCGUUCGCCGGUUACACGAAUGGCUCGGUUCAUUACAAGUCGCCGGCAGGCAGCAGCAUAUACUCGAACUCGGCCUCGGCCAAGUUCAACUCGUCGAGCUCGACGACCAGCUCCGGUUACCUGAACCCGUCCGCUUUGAACGUGCCGCAACAGGCCGAGGACGAGGGGAAAGGCUCGAGGAUGGUGAACGAUUCGAAGCUGAGCGACGAGAUGUCGAGGGAGCUUGGAACGAAGGUUGGCGAGGACCGCAAGUCGAUCGCCAGGGCUCGAUUCAAUUCGCGAGGCGUUUCGAGGGGGGGCGAGGAGGAGGCGAAAGCGUGUAACAGGUCUAAACAGUAUUCUGACAGUGGUUCGAAGCAGCAAGGGUCGGUGGACGACGGGGGCGAGAAGGAUUCGCGCGCGAGUGUUAAUAGUAGAUUAUCUCUGAAAACUGUGCCUUGUAGUAGCCCUAAGGAUAACGAAGGGGGAAAGUUCGUAAACAGCCCCGACCUGGUCUCCAGCUGUUCGAAUUCUUCGAGUCAAAUCGGUACGAAGUCGCCCGACGUAGUUGGAAACAAUCCCAAGAUCAGCCCGAAGAACGCCGUUCAAAAAACGCCCACCCUCGCGCGGGGCGGUGGCGCCAAAGCGCCCGCCACCCCUGCCAAACCGUUGAACAUCGCGCCGAAAGGGGCCGGCCUCGCCGAGAGGAAGAAAUCCUCCCCGAGCGGAGGAGGAGGUGGCAACGUGAACGCGAUUAAAUCGUCGUUUUCGGUGGCAGCGAGGGAAUCGGCUUCGAAAAUCUCGCAGGCGAAAGCGCAGGGGGGGCAGAGGGCCGAGGCGAAAGGGGAUUCGGGGGCGAAAGCGAAUCCGGUGCAAAGGGCGGCGAGCAGCAAGUCGAACGUGGCCUCCCUUCAACAAAAGUUCGAGGCGAACAGAAACGUAAACGCGUCACGGACGAUACCGGGUGUGCACAAAGCGCAGCGUACGGUCGGUAAAACCGUUGAAACGGCGAGUGUGAAGAAAUAGAGCGGGUGGGCGUGAGGGAGGGGGGGACAUGCGUUGUAGGAUCUAUUUCAAAUAUUCUAGUCUGUCGAUCAUAUUCGGAACGAAGCGCGUAAACGCGAGAUAUAUUUCCGUUCGAACGAUAUUUCUACGAUGUUAUUUUAUUUAAAAAAAGAGGAAAAAAAAAAAGAAAAGAAAGAAAAGACCAGCCACGGAAGGAAAUGGAGUCGUAAUAGUACAAUGAUCGAUCGUUAGCUCGGCGAAGCCGGGCGAAAGAACCGAUAGAUCGGAAAUCGGAAGCAAACUGUCAGAAUACUGAGAUUAGGUUGUAUCGGGCGCGAUAUAUUAUCGUUGUAAAUAUAAUAGUUACUUAAAAAUUCUAAUAUUUUUUGUAGAGAUUCGUAUCCGUUAACGUUCGGAUGUAACACGCGAAAUAAUUAACGAUCGUCGGGGAUAUUUAUCUUAAGAGCAUUUUGUAAACGAGAUAAGAAACAGAAGUAAGCAACAAUUAUUUUCAAAAGUUUCACUCGAUACCGCAAAAGGAACGCGAAAGAAAUUAUUGAAUUCUGUGAUAAUACAUGUAACGAGAGAAUAAUACAGAGAAACAUCGUAUCGUACAUUAUUAUAAGUAGCAGAUUGUAGAUGCGACCAAAUCUAUCAUUUUAUAUAUCGUAUCACGCGAAAAAAGGAAAAAAAAAAAAAAAAAACCAAUUACGAAACCGAAGAAGAUAAAUUAAAUUUUCAAAGGGGAGAAAUUAGUUUCGAAAGGAAUCCAUAUCCCAAAAAAAAAAAAAAAAAAAGAAAAGAAAAGAAAAUCUCUAUGAAACGGUAGCUCUUUCCAAAGAUUAACUAAGCAUCGUCGUUAAAACAUCGUGAUUUUCGUGAAUGCGAUCGUACCUUUGAGAUUCCUCUGCGAAUCAAAAUUUAGACGCGAUUAGCUAACGAUAAGAGAGCUUAAAUGGUAGUGUAUGCUAGACUUUUAUGCUACGUUUGAAAUCGAGGCAGAAUUAUUUCUACGAUAAACGUAUGCUAACGUAUAACGAAGUAGAAAUAUUUUUGUUUAAAACGCUAUACGAUCGUCCUUUUAUUUUCGCACGAUUCUUUGCGAUUUACAAUAAAAAUACGAAUUUCGAACCUUGGUGUUCGUUUGCUAAAUAUUCAGCAUCGCAUUAGAUACGCAAAGAGACUAAGACGAAUAUUUAUUUGACUGAUCGAUGUAAAUAUGUUUAUAAUGUAAUAGAUGUAAGUAACAUUUUGUACAAUGUACCUUCGUGCUCGCUAAGUUAUAAUUCGCGAUAUACCUUUGAAACGCAUACAUGCGACUUCAGCAUUUAGCUUUUUCACGAUAUCUCGUUCGAUCUGUUGUAAAGGGUGUAAAAAGUAAAAAUUCACCUGAAUUAAAGGAGAAAAAAGAAAAGACGAAAAAAAAAUGGGUUUUAUUGAACGAUACAGUUGUAACGUAUUUUUGCAUUUAUUAUUUCAACAUAGCCAUCUUUCGCGUAUAAGUAUUGUUCUCGCUUGUACGUCGCGAUGUUUUAAUUUAUACAGUUCCUAUGUACAGUCGUCUUGAUAUGUUGAAACAAUUUAGGGACCGCAACUCAAGUUCAAUAAAGCUUUGUAAUAAUCAUCCAUUCUUCGAGCAUCGUUUAUAAUCAUUCACCGCUUUUCUUCUUUCGACGAAAUGAUGUCGUAUGUAUGACUCUAGUGUAAAGACAAUCAAACGUUUUGCACAGCAUACGACUGUAAAACGGGAAGUGACGCCCUUCGAGAAAACCUUGGCCGUUUCAUAACCGUUUUAGUAAGAUUUCUUUUUUUUUUUAGGAAAUUUCGGUUCGAUUUUAGAUUUCAUCGAUUAGAUUACAAUUAGAUUUGUUAAAUGUGAAAUUGUUUUUCAAAACUCACGACUUAUAGCCUUAUAUAGGAUUAACAAACAUUGUUACAUUGUCCGUUCAAUACCAAAGAUAAGUUACGUUUCACGUGUUAAAGGGCCAAGAUAUAUCGUUAUCGUAACUACUUAAACGUUGUCUCAUAACUUGUAUAUUUCCUAAUGCAUAGUAAAGUUACAAUAAAUUCUUUAUUCCA